CAGCUGUGAGCUAUGGGGAAACUGCAGAGCAAAACCCACCUCCACACCUCCAAAUACAGGACCGAUGGCUCUGCGGAGGAGACGGGACCUGUUGGAGCUGUUCCACAGCGCAGCCCUGYGCACGCCGAUGCUGUCACCGCUGUGGCUGCUCUCAAACCAGACCUCUGUGUGUCUGGAGGAAAGGAUAAGAGCGUGGUUGUCUGUAACUGGAGAUCGGGGGCUGUUCUGAGGCGCUUCAUCGGACACGAACGUGAGAUCACCAAGGUCACUUGUGCCCCGGACUCCAACAGAGUCUUCAGCGCAUCCCGCGACAAGACUGCGAUCAUGUGGGAAUUUCAUGGGAAUUCAGGACCCAGGCAGCAUUUCCCAGGACAUGACCUGGUCGUUACUGGACUAGCCGUGAGCCCAGAUGCCUCCUGCCUGUGCACAGGUUCACGAGACAACACCAUCUGCAAGUGGGACGUAGAGACCGGGGAGCGCCUGGGCAGAGCUGGUAUCUCCAGGAAUCUGGUAACACAUCUGUGCUGGGUUCCUGGGGAGCCCUACGUUGUCCAGGCGUCAGAGGAUAAAACAAUCAGGAUGUGGGAUAGCCGGGAGCUGCAGGUGGCACACRCGUUCCCGGGCAAGCGGCACAUUCAGACGUGCUGCGACGUGAGCCAGGACGGGCGCUACUGCGUCAGCGGCAGCGGCGGCUCCAACGGCGAGGGCUGCGAGGCGACCCUGUGGGACCUGCGGCAGACGAGGAGCCGAGUGUGCGAGUACAGAGGGCACCUCCAAACCGUAGCCUCGUGCAUCUUCCUUCCCCAGGGCCUGGCUCCGACCCCCGUCAUCGCCACRGCCUCCUACGACUGCAAAGUGAAGAUCUGGGACCAAGACMRCGGAGCCUGCCUGGCCUCCCUGGGCCUCCGCGGCGCCGGUCCGCUGGCCUCGCUGGCCGCCUGCGACGCCGCCACGCUGCUGUGCGGCACUGGGCACGGGGGGAUCCGCCUGCUGCGGCUGAGCGGCCCUGGAGAGCCCGAGCUGCGGGAAGUGGCGGCGUUUUGA